CUGCUGCCUAAAAUAGAAAAUGGGAGAUCCACAAAUUAAUACAUCCCAUAUGAAACGUAACAUACCAUACUAAAUGGAGUGUAUCGGAUUUAAGUAUAGAAUAAUACGAAAUGCUCUGAGACCAGCUCGAUACACUCCACACUCAGUAGGCCUAACCAGUUUUCCAGUUGUCCAACCAUUUUAUGCAAGUAAAGUACAUGUCGGUUAAAAAAAAAUGUCACGCCCGGCAUGAUGGAAACGGCACAUUUGUCGGUAAACUGUCCAAAUGUCAACAAAACCAAAUACUCUAAUCAAGGUGGGAUAUUUUUGUGUCGGUAAAAUCAAUUACGCGAGAAAUGCCGGUGGUAAUGGUAUUAGGCCCAAAUAUUUCUAGAAUAAACAUCAUAUCGAAGUAAACUUGGUGUCACGCGAUGAUGUGUUGUGUGGUCCUACGAGUCUGGAAAACAUGCCGUUUAUUAGGAUACAUAUUAAUUUAUGAUUAUACAAUAUUCGCAUUCCAAUUGGAUGGAAACCUAGCUAGUGAAUGCAAUAAUAGAUAAAUGAUUAGUCGGUAAUUACAAUGGCAUUUAUACAAUAUGAAAUGUUUUAACUUUUAAAAAAAUAUUCAAAUUAAGGUACAUUUGCAGAUAAUUAAUAUUUAACUCGCAAGGUUCAUGACCUGGCUAAAAGUUCAUUGAAAGCGCAACAUCUAGGCAAACUUCAAAAGCUAAAUAGCGUGCUACUACGCCAUGGACUUCACGGGAAUUGAAUAAUAAACAACAAAAACAAAUGUCUGAAUAAAUGUCAGAAAAUUGUCUGAGAUAAAUAGAGAUCCAUCCGGAGUCCAUUCGUGGUGACACCUUGGCUAUGUUUACGAAACGGUGGCAGUGGCACAGAGUGAACUUAACAGUUUGCUUUAUAAAUGCUGUGGUAUUUCUUUAAAACCAUUCACGUUUUGUGGCACUCACUUACUGUGAAGAGUCCCAUCGAAAGCGUCACUGUAGUUAUCCAAAAAAGACUGCUUCUUCUGAAAUAAUCACGGCCGUGGUGGCUUUCAACUGGUCCCUCUGUCAAAUCAGUACGUGCGACAAUAACAGUGGAAAUGCUUGUGUAACGUAGUAGACUGGCCACACACAUACCUACUUAUUAAGGAAGUUUCAUAUAAAAUUAUUCAUAAAUAUUAUCCUGCCAACCACUAUAUGAAUAAGUUUUUAAAAACCAAAUUCAAAUUGUACCUUUUGUAAUGACCACAGUGUUGCAUCUUUUUUGGCAUUGUUUUCAUGUAAGGAAUCUGUGGCAAGAUAUCAGUAGAUUUAUAAUUGAACACAUUUAUGAAGAUUUUACACUAUUAUGGAGAGAUGUACUGCUUGGAUUCUUUACUUAUAAUAAAAUGGUUUCAAGUUAUUUCUAUGUAAUUCAUUUCAUUAUUCUUUUGGCCAAAUGUCAUAUUCACAAAUGUACAUUUACAAACAUAUUUUAAGACAAAUACUCUGCCAACAAAAAAGCUGUUCGAAUUAUAACUGUGUGUAUGCCUCUUUAGGUCCUUGUGUAAUGUGAUAUUGUACCCCCUAGCCCAAAUGUCCUUUGUAUAUUCUUUAUAUAUACUUGUGUUCCCCAUGUACUUUUUGUAUCGAUUUGUCAUUAAUAAAAAUGUAUAAAAAACAACAAAAAAAUAAUAACAAAAACUUUGUAGACUGCUGUCUGUUUGAUGUGCAGUGCUAUUUGGGAUUCUAAACCCUAACCAUAACCCUUUACCUAACCUUAACUUAACCAUUUAAAAUGUUAUCUUCAAUGGGGUAUAGCACGGACCCUGUCUGAAUAGGGUUAGGCUAUUGUGGGGUAAAUCAUUCUUUCAGUCAUAUGAUAUCAUCCAAGGAAUGAUAGGAAUUGCUUUGAAUGUGUGCAUGCAUAAAAACAAAAACAUUUGAACAUUUAUAAUACAUAGGCAAUAUAUUUAUCUAUUUUGCUGAUGCCUUGUGGUUUUUUUUUCUAUUCUAUUCAAAGUUAUAAGAUUAAAGUUUAGUCAAAGUGGGAGAUUAUCCAACUUGUUCAUUGACGUAGCCAAGAUCUAAACUAAUGGUUCUACAGUAAGCCGGUCAUGGGACCAUUAGCUGUUUACAAUCUUGUUAAUGUCUCACCAUCUGAAUGAAAAUAAUGAAACAAUGAGGCCAUUUCACCAUUAGUCAAAUGGCCCAUUGGUCAAACUGUUUAUCAUUACUCAUUUACUCUCUGAUCAUUGCAUGGUAUGUGUCAGAAGUAUUUAAAUCCUGACAACAACAAAAACUGUUAAUGGACUCAAAGAAUAGCCUACAUGAGGCCGUUAUGCAACAGAAACUAUGUAUAUGUAUGUGCUAUGCGUUUAACAUCAUAUGAUUUAUUAUUAUAUUCUGUUAUGUGCAAAUGUUAUAUAUAGACUAUGUAUGUAUUGAGGUGGACAAUGCUGAUUUUGCAAGGGGCUUGAAAGACAAAAAGACAUGCAUAAUGUGUGAUAGGAUUAGGAUAACCCCCAGAAUGAAUUGCUGUCAGGUACUGUACAUUGGCCGAAAGAAUGGAACUCUUGUGAGCCGUCCCAAAACAUGGAGACGCUAAUCCUCAUUGUCCAGAUAAGGAAUGAAAAGACACUGAAUCUCACCGACCAAUAUGAAAAGUGAGAUAAUUGUUGUUUAUUGCAUCUGAUUAUUUAUUAUUAUUAAUAUAUAAUAGUAUUACCGGUAAGAGAUAAAAUGCCAAAAUAUAUUACAGUAUAUUGUAAUACUAUUUACUGAAUAUUAUUGUUUUUUUUAACUACCUGUGUGGGGUGUCCCUAAAUUUCUUUCAGGGGCAAUGAGUGCCAUUGAGGUGAAACUGUCCUCUGGCUCAGUCUUUCCCAUAAGCUAUGAAGAAACCAGCAAGUCUGGACAAGUCAAACUCAGUGAUGAGCUUGUUACCUACUAUUAGUGGGUACAGCCCCUGACCUUUCACUGUAAUGGGCCUAUACAUCAAUGAUAGAUGAGGCAGCAUGUUGAUAAUGGUCCUAUUAAUUACCAAACAAUUAAACAUCCAUGUUUUUCUUAUUUUGAUAGCUUAUACCUGUGUUGUAUUUGAAAAGAAAACAGCAGUUGCGAAAAGGGUGCCAUUCAUGAAUGGCAUUGUGCAUUUCACAAAUAAGUCAUGUGAGUUAAUAUUUCUUCGUGCUAAUUUUGUAAAUGUUUGGUUAAUUAAAAUGCUCCAUUGUGGUUGUUGACAUAGCCAUUAGCAAAGGACUUUCAGCGACUCGUAAUCAUUUUAAAAAUGUGCUGUUGAAAUGUAAAUUAUUGAAAUAAUCCAAAUUGUUGUCUUGUUUUUAUAAGCCCUUCUGUAAUUUAUGAAGCUUAAUAAUGGAUAUACUUGCACAUCUAUCUAUUCCUGUUCACAUAUUGAUUUGUGGUAGUGCAAAAAAAAAAAAAUGCACUAAACUCAUACAAAUUCCCUUCUCACUGCACACAAACCACUGGUUGAUAAACACAUACCAAAACACAAGUUAUUGAAUUGCUGGAAAAACAAAUGUUAAUGAAUGCAAACAAACCAUGAAUUUGCACUGCAAAAAACAAAGCAUUUAUAAUAGUUUGUUUACCCAAUGCCAAACACUAAUGUUCAUAAGGCACCUUGAAAAUGCAGUAAAUCAACUACACGUUUGCUACACACAGGUAAGCAUUUGUUAGUUAUACGGCACCUUGAAACAAAAUGUUCAACUCGUCAUAAAUGUCCGAUUUCAUUCAGUAAUGUAUUUUAUGUCUGAUUCUUGUGUGCCAAUGACCUUAAUAAGAUGCGCAUGAUGUCGCUGGAGGUGAAUGGGAGAGGGCUGUUAGUCCAAAGACCAUUCAGAUUAUCUUAACCUCAGCAAAUCAAAGACGACCCCGCCCCAACACAAAUUUACACCACCUCAAACUGUCACCCAAAAAAAUCACACUACAUUGUCAGCACUUUAUUUGAGGCGGAGGGUACUAGUUGGGUCCAGAGUCUUGUGAUCUAUAUAAAAGGGGCAGUCAAUACAUUUGGGAGACAGAGCUCUUACAGACACCUACAGAUUCUUACAGGUCUUAGUGUCAGCCAAACACCACUAUGUGGAAAAACAUCAGCACUGAUGACCCUAGACAGGUGGCAGUGACCGGAGCCUUGUCCCGGAGUACCAACCGCAGAAAGAGGACCAGCUUCACCAAAGAGCAUGUGGCACUUCUCCGUGUCACAUUUGAGACAGACCCUUACCCUGGCAUCAGCCUGAGAGAGAGCCUGUCUCAGAAGACAGGCCUACCUGAAUCUCGCAUCCAGGUGUGGUUCCAGAACAGGAGGGCUCGGACUAUGAAGUAUAAGGGAGCUAAGGCCGUGUGGCAGUCCGACUCUGGCUUCCACUCCCCUGGUGGGUUCACCCCUGUCCAGGACACAGUUUCCCAGCACCGCACCAUGGGGACAGGGGCUACCCAGCCUGGCCUGGCCCCUCUGUCCAGCUCCCCCUGCCUGCCCCCUGCCUACCCCAUCCAGUUGAAGGAGGAGUUAGAGGACUUUUUCUAUGGACGCUGCCCUCCACCCUACACUGGAGUGGAGGAGACUGGCCACUACAACUCCCUGUUCGAACUGAAGGAAGCCAGGGUGCUGGGAUACAGCGCCAGCCCACCACUGAAUAGCCCCAGGCACCAGAUGAUUCCAGGAGCCUGGCCCCAGGCGGGUGAUCAGAUGUCCCCAGUGCAGUCCAUGUGGAGCCCCUCUCCUCUGGAGGUAAGGAAAUGCAGCGCAGGCUCCAGCCAGGCCUUCCUUUACCAUAGCUUAGCUGAGCAGCAGCCUUUCUACAGCAACCCCCAUGAAGCCUAUGGAGGCUCCAUUACCCAGACCCAGGCCCCAGUCACCCCGGAUUCCGGCUGCUGGGAGGUUGGACAAGGUUCCCAGUUGUAUGGCUCCUGGAGCACGGAUAUGUCUACCCCAGAAUACCCAGAGCUCCCUGUCCUGUCCCUGCAGGAUAUCCUGAGGGAGCUGGAUGAAGAGUGCUGGGAGGGAGAUGGCCUGAACAGCUACCCCAAUGAUGAUAAUCUGGUUAACUGUUGAAAACUUUUUUUUAUGGAAAAACAAGAGGGUUUUACUGUAUAGCCUGUGCUGCUGGAAUGUCAACUAUGGACUACAUGUUGACAGAAAUGUUCUCAGAGAGAGAGAGAGGGGAUCAUCUUUAGGAAUUCUACAACAAUCGUAUUCAUUCUCCCAUGAACUUCAUCCCACUUCAUUUUAUGUUAUCUAUGUAAAUGUGCCGGCAGGGUAGCCUAGUGGUUUGAGCGUUGGGCUAGUAACCGAAAGGUUGCAAGUUUGAAUCCCCGAGCUGACAAGGUAAAAAUCUGUCUUUCUGCCCCUGAACAAGGCAGUUUAACCCACUGUUCCUAGGCCGUCAUUGAAAAUAAGAAUUUGUUCUUAACUGACUUGCCUAGUUAAAUAAAGGUAAACAAAUAUAUCUAUUUAUUAAUCUUUUGUUCUCUGUACUUAAAUUCUAAAUACAUUUUAUUAAAACAGAGUUUACAUUUGUUUGUUUUAUUCUGAAGAACGUUUUCUGAAGAACUCAUUGCGUUACAACAGCUUUGAUCAGUGGAGAACUGAGCUGACACCUUUGAUUUCAGAGGAAGUAAUAUAAUAUAUUGUUCAUUUAUAAAGUAUUAUGCCAUAAUGAAGGGUAUUUCAAACAGAUCAAGAUGUUUGUAAGUAAGCCUUGAAUUUACAUUCCUUUACACUCAUUUGCAUUCGUCACGCAUGUGAUCAGUUGUCACUCAUGCACAGCGUAAAGAAACACAUCCACUAAGAUGGUGGUUGUGAGUCACAGAUUCAUAGCUGGUCAUUGUAGGCCUACUGUAUCAGUUAUAAUGCUGUUUCUGACCAUAACUCUUAAGUUGUCCAUACAAGCUGCUUUGUGCCACAUUGUUCUUAUGUCAAGAGUCCCGAGUGGCACAGUGGUCUAAGUCACUGCAUCUCAGUGCAAGAGGUGUCACUGCAGUACCUCGUUCGAAUCCAGGCUGCAUCAAAUCCGGCCAUGAUUGGGAGUCCCAUACGGCAACGCACAAUUGGCCCAGCGUCGUCCGGGUUUGGCCGUUGUUGAAAUAAGAAGUUGUUUUUCACUGACUUGCCUAGUUACAUUUUUAAAAAGAGUCACUGGUGGUCAGUGAUACUGAUCGUACCGUAUUUUUACAGCAGUUAUGCAAUUAUGCCACUUGAGGUCAUUAGAGAACUGUUCAUUUUGAAUUUCAUGGUUACCGCUCAACUCAUCCAGAUGUAUUCAGAGAUCUACUUUAUCUACAGGUUUACUACGUUAAGGUCUUGGUACAUUUUACAACUAGCAACUUGAGACAGAGGGAAAGUAUCACUGUAUGAGCUCAAGGACAUGCUAGAUGACCAUAAAUAACCAAAUUGAAAUUAUGAUAUAUCAUAGGGUACAUUUGAUAGAUUUUAGAAACUUGAUUCUGAUUCAAUAUUAUGUAUUUUCUCUAUUUUGUUUUGUAUUUGUUUUAUUUCUUGGAGCAUGUACACUUGAAAUGCUUUCCUGUGCUGAAAUUUUCUCAGGUCGCUUGCUCUCAAAAAUUCAACCCUCAAG